CACGUGCGAGGCCGGAGAGAAGGGCUGACAUGCUCUGUGUGGAUACCAAACCCUUGAACAAGGAGAACAUUGAAGCCAUCGCCUCUCUGCUAGCUCAGAACAAGGAAGUCCGCCAGCCCGUGAAAGAGCUGAAGUACCGGCGAGCUCUGCGUAUGGCUUUGGACAUCCUGAAUCGCUCCAAAGAAGAUAGCCUUUCCAAAAGGAAAAGAGAGAAGCCAGCUGCCCACAAAGCAACCCAAGAGGGGCCUUUAUCAAUGGUCGUGGCUAGCCGCCAGCAGCUCUCUUCUGAAAAGGAUACGCGGAAGAGGAAAAGAGAGGAAAAGGCUCCGGAUGCACCUACAUCAUUGCAGGCCCAGAGCCUCCAUUCCCAUGACUUUGAAGAUGGACAAGGGUUAGGACCCACCUCUGCACUGCCCUUGAGGCUUAGAGAGAGCUCACUCAGCUCAGUUUUCGGGGAUGAAGAUGACGACGAAGAACUUCCCAGUAUCUUCCUGAAUCAAGAGCCCUGUUCGAUUGAAGCAGGGAUGCUGGUUUGGUACAAGCUCUGGAGAAACCCAUAUUGGCCAGCAGUGGUGAAGAGGGUGGAGCAGAAAGCCAAGAGAGUGAGUGUGCUCCUGACAGAAACAUUCCUGGCCGAUGAGAAAUUGAAGGGUUUCUGAGUCUCUCUGAGAAACCUCAAACACGUUGACUGUGAAGAGAAGCAGGUGCUCAUAGAUAAAGCUGGAGAGAACCACAGCCAUGAAAUUAACUGCUGCAUUGGCUUGAUAAAAGACUACAGAAUCAAAGUAGGUCUCCACUCCUUCAUGGGAUCCUUCCUGGAGUAUUCUGCCAGUGAUAUGAGCUACCCAGUGAGAAGAGGCCCAGUGGCAACUCUCCCAGAUUGCCUUCCCCAGAAUAGAGAUGAACCUGAAAGAUCUCUCUCAGGGGCAACGCCCCCUAAGCCUGCUAAGAAGGUUCUCCCCGACCGGAUGCGGGCGGCCAGCGACAAGGCCAACAAGAAGAUUGUGAAGUUCAUUGUGAAGGCCAAGAGGGCGGAGGAACACCUAAAGGCCAUCCUAAAGAGCAAGCUGUCUCGGUGGCUGAAGCACUUCCUCAAUGCCCCUCCUUACGUGACCUCCAUCGAGACAUACCUGGAGGAUGAAAGCCAGCAGGACCUUGUGUUGAACUACUUGCACGAGCUCUACCAGAGAGACACUGCCAAGAUGCUAUGGCUGAGGAAUGGAGACAGCAUCAAAUUCAUCUUGGAAGUCCUCUUUCCAGAGGGAAAGAGAAAUAUUUGAAGAAGAAAUCUUGGAAAAGAAGAAGCAGCAGCACCUGCAGGAGUCUUAUCCAGAAGACGGCUUGUGAAGUUGGCCA